AUGUUUCGGAAUUUUAAAGUGAGAAAAUCGUGUUGCUUUUGUUUUCCUUACAACGAAACAGAUGUGAGCUCCACAGAAUGGCUACAACCCACCGGAGAUGAGGCCAACAAGAGGGUGUCGAGAUCAAGUGCCAGAGUACAACCAACUGAUCCUGGCUAUAUUUAUAUCAUGAUUAUGGAGGACUGCGAAGGCCACCGUGCGCCACCAUUCGCCAAGGUAGGCUAUUCAAGCGAUUGCGAUCAACGAAGAAGGACACUGAAUAUUGGAAAUCCUCACGAACUGACAUGUGCAUAUAACUGGUGGGUUUCCAACAUGAAGGAAGCGGAAGAUGCGGCCCACGAUGAACUGGACGAAAGAGAGCUUCGCCUUAAUUGUGAUGGAGGAACAGAAUGGUUCCGAGUCAAUGGUGGAUUAGGUAAUAUAGGUGCAUUUGCAGGAAUAGUUAGAGAUGCAAUUGAGGGUUAUAUUGUAGAGGAUGAAGAGUCGGAAGAGGAGGGAGACCGUGGCUUAGUUGUGUCGUCCAUUAAUCGUGCCCCUGAUCAAGCAGCCGCAAAAAUGGCCACAAAUUACGGACAUAACAACACAAAAUGGAGACAAGAUCUCAAAGGAAAUAUGUUGCAUGUCAAAUAUAAUUGUAAAUGA